UCCAUCUCCACUGUCAGAUUUAAUACUGUGAGAAAAUAUUAGAUGUUAUUGGAAAAACUCUUCUUUGCGUAAAGAUAAGAACACGUGGUAAUGGAAGACACGGAAGAACUGUACGUUGCUACACUUGAAGGGCAAUUCUGUUCCUUCGCCAAGAUGCUGGACUGGUCCUGUCCUAGAGACGCCAUCACUCUGUACUGCUCCGACUACUGGAUGCGUCAGAGCAACAUAAUAGAUGAUAGACGCGUCACUAUGACUGACACGGGAAUCAUAUGGAAUAAAUACGGUAAAUCUCAAUUGAACUGGGACAAGUGGCGUGAAUAUCUAUCAGAAUUGUGCGUUGCCAAGGAGUUGGAUCACCUAGAAAUAGAGGCCGCGUUAACCAACUGUGGCUUGCCUGGAGCGUCUCGCGUUUACGUACCGCAGUACAGGGACUUUUUUGAUACGUAUAAGUCUAAAAAGGCACUUGUCGUAUGUGAGUCCCUUGAUUCUUGUGGAAAACCAAGGAAAAAAGCUUAGUAAAUAGGGGUUACAACAGAUUGACUUUUAGA